AAUGGAUGAAUUUAUACCAUGAUCUCAUUAAAAUUAUUGGAAGAAAUCAUAAAUAUAAAGGUUAUUUCAAACAAAUAUUUAAGAAGAAAAUUCAUCCAAAUGGUGAAAAAAGAUCACAGAUUCGUCAUUCAAGUAGUGAAAGCUCUGAAAGUGAACAGAACAUUGAUAGUGAUGAUGACAAACAAAAUGUUGAUCUUUCUGAUAUUGAUGAAGAAUUGUUGAAAAGAGUGAUGCAGCUGCGACUAAAACGGCAGGAAGUUGAACAGAGAAUGAAAGAGUAUAAAAGAAAAAUUCGUUCUAUUUCUGUCAAACAAAAUGCCAUUAAAAGAAAGAUACAAAAAAGAGUAGAUGCUAAGAAUGAAACUUAUGAGAAACUAAAUAACAUACUAGAUUCUCGGAAGCAGAUGUGUGAUAGAUUAAUUUGGCCUUUAGUGUUGUAUCCAGGAAAUAUUCAUUCUGAUUAUAUUUCUACUCCAAAUAGCAAUCUGGGAGAGCAAAAGCAACUAUUGCAACACGAAAUGUUUAGAAUAUAUGGGACUGUCAAUGAAAAAUUGAAAGCUGUUAAUAACUAUGUCAGAGUGUCAUUACUUUUACUAACUACCAAUGUAGUUACAAUGGAGAUUCAAGAUAUGAUAGAUGCAGCAUCAGUUUUCUUUUCUCUUGUACAGUCUGUUUCAGUUUCUACUGAUGAAUAUUUUGAAAGCCUCAGACACACUGAAUCUUUAAGUAGCUUGAAGGGAGAUUUAGAGGCAGACAAAGAAGAAUCUUCCACUUUCAUUGAGGAUAUUCUUGAAACUGUUGCAGAAUCUGUACCACUUUCUGAGACAAGCCUUCAAUCAAUAUCUCAACAAGAAUCAUCCAGUAAGAAAACUAGCAAUGGAAAAGAGAUUAGUUCUUCAACAUUGGUAUCUGAAAAGGAUUCUGAGGAACCAUUCGAUUUGGAAGAGUUGAAAGGCGAGGAUUAUGAAAUUAAAGAACAGGAAGAAUUGCGGCCAUGGCAAGAAGUUUGCAACGACAUUGACUUGCUUGGAUUGGCAGAUAAAAGUUACCUGCAAUCUCAAAACAUUAACAGCGUAGUUUCUAAUGCUAUACCUCAAAAAACGGGUGAAAAAGUGCCUAUAGAUAGUUCCAAAGAUGACGUAGACUAUUACAGGCGUCCAUUUACAUAUCAUACAUCAGAAAAUGUGCAGAAAACUUGUUAUACAGAUCCUGCAGAUACUUCUGAUUCUGAAAGUGAUACAGAACUAAAUCAAAGACACAACGAUCUCAAAAAUGGACAAGAACCAGAUUAUCCUACAUUUCCUCAUGGUGGUCUUUUAUUGAAUAUCUCUGUAUUAAGGGACAUGGAAAAAUCAGAUCCAAGAUCUUACCCUUAUACAGAUUUUUACCAAGAAAUUGAAUUCCACGAAGAGCUAACAGUAGCUCCCGUUGCUAUACAUAUAGAACCUGCUCGAACUGCAGACAUGGAUAUUCUUUAUAAUUUUAUUCCAACAUCCUUUUCAGGUUUUAUUCUUGUAAAUUCUAAUAAUAUUGGUAAAAUUUUAAAAUUUUACAGUCGAUUGAAAGCAGCACCAAAAGAAUUAGAACAAGAAUUAAAAUUAUUAGAGAAUAAAGUUAUGACGACAAAGCGUGCUCUUAAUUUUAAGCAUCAAGAUUUAAUAAAAGAAAGGCGUGAACUGUAUGGUGCAAUGAAAUCUACAUUCAACCACGUUAUUGAUUUGGAUCUCCUCCAGGAUACUAUUGAAAAUCCACUUUUGCAUAUUAAAAAGGCAGAAUUUAAAACUGAGCUAGACAACAUGAAGAGCAAGUUAAAGAAAAUGAAAGAAUCUGAAGCACUUGCUCAAAGAGCUCUAGACCAACUUCGAUUUGAAGACACUCAGAUAUGCUAUGAAUUACUUGAAUUACGAAAGGAAUUUAAAAUGUUAGAUGAAGGUUAUUCUAAAUGCCAGGUGCUUCCUAGGAUUGGAGUGAUUAAAAAGACAGAAGAGAGUUCCGAAAAUAUGUAAGUGUUUGUGCACAAUGAAGAAGAGUAACUAUUUUUUCCAUUUGUUCAUUUUUUUUUGUAUUGUUUAGUUAUCUUUUCAAAAUUUAUUA